CUUACAGGUUCAACUCAGUUCACUGUGCCCCUGCUGCAGAGAACAGCUUCCAAGGAGAGGUGUCCCAGGCCAGCCAGGCACCCCUGUUUUCCUCUCCACUUUGGUCCUUUAUUCCAGAAGGUGCUGGAGGUCAGCAGGGGAGCCCUCUUCAAGAAGUGUGCGUGUGCCAGGAGCUGGGUAGGUGUGUGACUAGAUUUCCAUCCAAAAGCGGUGCUCUUGAGACAGAUGGAGCUAUUUUACACCCCAGCUUCCAAGCUAGACACCUUCGUGGCUAAAUGCCUGCAUCCCCACAAGGAGUGUAAAGAAGAAGUGCUGGAGGCUGUGAGGACCGUGAAGAAGUUCCUGUGGCAACAGUGCUUCCCUGGGAAGAAUGUGCAGGUGCUAGAGGUGGGCUCCUUCGGGAACGGCACGGUGCUCCGUGACAGCACAGAGGUGGAGCUGGUGGCAUUUCUGAGCUGUUUCCGCAGCUUCCGGGAAACCGAGGACCUCGAUAACAUGCUGGACCAGCUCUCUAAGACACUAUGCUCUUGCCAGGGCCUGCUGGCCUUUGAUCUGAAGGACGUGUGGUUGGUCGAGGAAGUCUUCCGUGCCAUCGCCUUCACCAUCUGGACCAAGAAUUUGGAAGGGCCCAUCACUUUCACCAUCAUGCCUGCCUACAGGGACCUGGUUCCCCAUGGUGGGCCCUCCGCAGAGGUCUAUGUGGAUCUGAUUGAGGCCCGCAAGCCGCCUGGAAAUUUCUCCCCAUCCUUCGCCAAGUUACAGAGAAGCUUUGUGAAACACCGGCCAGCCAAGCUGAAGAGCCUCCUGCGACUGGUAAAACACUGGUACCUGAAGUACGUGAAAGCCAGGUGCCCCAUUGCUAAGCUGCCCCCUCUCUAUGCCCUCGAGCUACUGACCAUCUAUGCCUGGGAAGUGGGUACAAAGGCACAUGAGCGUUUCCAUUUGGACAGAGGCCUCGUCACGGUGAUGUGCCUGCUCCAGGAGUAUCAAUCUCUCUGUAUCUACUGGACCAACUACUACAAGUUCCAGAACCCAAUCAUUGAGGACUUUGUCAGAGAACAGCUCAAAAAAGAAAGGCCUAUCAUCCUGGAUCCGGCUGACCCCACCUACAAUGUGGCCUAUGGCUACAGAUGGGACAUAGUCAGUCAGAGGGCCAGACAGUGCCUGAAACAGUGCUGUUGCCAUAACAACAAGAGCCCAGUCCCCCCGUGGUAUAUAAAGCCUUCCCACUACACUGCUUGCUUCAGAGUCUCAGCCAAAGGCUGUGACUGAUUCCCUGGCAAUAACAAUUCAGGAAUAAAUAAUCUUUGUUCAUUCUC